CAAUGAGGCCAUCGGUGACGAAAUAAACAAAAUUUUCGAUAAUCUUACGCUCUUAAUAUUAUACCAACGGUAUACGUAAUUAAUUUUGAGGACGAAGGUGUAGCAGUAAAAAAAAAAAAAAAAAAAAAAACAAUAGUAAAAAUAACGAAAGAUCGAAUCGCGUUUGAAAUAAUGAGUUACAUAAGUUCAGAAAUUGUCGUAAGAGAUAGAUUAAGUAAUUGUAUCGAAUAAGGUUGUAAGAGCUUUACCGUUGAUAUCGCAGUACAAUCUUGUGUCCUCGUUGGAAGACCGGGAGUAAUAACUGUCAUAAAUAAGAAGCGAGUCGGAUUUCUUCUUCAGUGGCGGUGCAAUGAUAAGAUGAUAAAAUAAAUUAGUGCAAUGAUAAGUAUGCAAAACAAUGGUUAAAAGUAAUGGUAAAAAUACAGAAAUGUAUAUGCAUUCGAACGACAUAUGUCGUCAUUGUAGAGGGUUGAGAGAUCUCUUUUGUCACGUCGAAUCUGUUAAUAUCGAAAUGUUCGAGAACACUGAAUCAGUUAUGCUCUGUUCAUUUUUAGAAGCACAACGUUCUACUAAAGUUCCAAACGAACGACAAGCUAGUGGCAUUUUCGUCGUAAACAACGAACUUGCUAUCGGUAUAAUGGUAAAUGAAGGAUACAACGACAAGGAAAUGAAAUACGUAAAACUAUAUGGAACCAUUGGUGAAUAUGCACAGGGUGUCUCGCAUAUAACAAACAUUUAGUCAACUUCUAAAAAGAGAAACUAACUUAUAAAUAUGAUUUGUAAACGUCAUCUUAAAGACAUAAUAUGAUAUCGUAGCCAACAUUGAAACGAUUUCUACGACAGAUGACACGUUCUUGUAACCUUGCAGUGAUAAAUCAGUGAAAA